AUGAUCAAGUUACUGCUUACUUGGUCUAUGACCCUGUUAAUGUUGAAGGCUGAAGAGGAAAAUUUAAGAAGAUAUCGGCCAAUCUGUAGCGUUUACGGGUACAUUAUUGUAAGAGGUUUAUUUGGCUCAGAAUCCCAUUUGCUGUGCCUCAGAUUGAAAUCAAUAGGCUCUCUACCCCUCACCACCCAUCAGACGAAACUAAUCGUCGAUCCUGACUUGGAGGACGAAGAUAAUUUGGUAGAAACUAUGUCGUUAGCCGACGUGACGAUGGCGUAUGGUUUUCCAGUGGAGGAUCCCUCGGCGGGCUCCGCUGAAGGGUAUAUUGGAGAUGACCAUCAUUUCUACGGAGUUCUUCAUUUGGGCAACCGCACUUUACACGCGGAUCCGUAUAAUAGAGACAACAAGAAACGGUUUGGCGCCUUCAUGUACGACACCGUCCUCUCGCCCCGGCUGAGACGCGACAACGGCCAGACCCAGAUGGAAUUUCUCGAACACCUACCGUUCUUCCCAUAUCACUUUGAAGAACAAAAGCCGAUGCCAGGCAUAGCCCGGGCGAGGAUCUGUGAGCUCCUACUUCUGGCUGACCAGAAUUUCUUCGAGAAAGACGCCAACGCGAGUCUGAACCAAGCCGUGAGGAGGAUGUUGCACGCUGUAGCGCAGGCUGAUAUUAUAUUCAGGAACGCGGAUUUUGACGAAGAUGGAAUGCCAGAUAAUAUAGGUUUUUCAGUGAAGUACAUUUUAGUGCUGACUUCAAGCGAAACCAAUAGCCGGGUCUUCGGAGACCUGAUCCCAGACCCGGAUAUAGAUGGUCGCAACUACCUCAUGAAGUUUGCAAGACUACGGCGUUUGUCUGAAGUCUGCCUAGGAGUAGCCUUCUCUGGAUACGCCUUUAGAAACCGCACUCUUGGAUUGAGCUUCACAUCCCUGGGAGGCGGUAUGGGAGGUGCGGCUGGAGGAUUAUGUGACAGAAGAGCAUACGGACGCUCGUUCAACACCCUGGCUAUCGCGCAUGCCACUACUGAAGACAAGCAAAGAGUCCCAGAAAGAGUAGCGGCAUUGACGCUGGCACAUGAAAUGGGACACAGUUUCGGCGCCCAUCACGACGACAACUUCCCGAACCCUGAAUGUCGCGGUUUCCUCAUGAGCGCGCAGUCCAGUACCGGCGAGAGCAGCAUGCACUUCGAAUUCUCAGUUUGCAGCAAAAGACGUAUAGCUGCAACACUUAGCAGCAUGAGCUACUGCCUUACACAGGAAGAUAGGCCUUAUUGUGGUAACGGUAUCGUCGAAGAAGGCGAGGCCUGCGACUGCGGUCUCCCAUCUCGCUGCAGUCACAGCGACCCGUGCUGCACCCCAAGAGCUGGUGGUGCUCUAGUUUUUGAAGAAGGGGCACUGCACAGGGAAGGAUGCUCAGUCGCGCCAUCAGCUAUGUGCCAUCCGUCUCAGGGUAUGUGCUGCAACGCCACCUGCCAUUACAUGGACCUCAGCAGUUUUGGAAUCGACUGCAAAAGCCAAGAGCUGGAGUGCGCCUGUUCGAAUGGCGAGAUGUGCGCGUGCGGGCUCGGCGGCCGCUGCUUGCCCGACGGCAGCUGCCACGCGGCGGAGUGCGCCGCGCUAGGUCUCAAGGAGUGUCAGUGUGGGAAGAUGGGAACGAGCGGCCUCGGAUAUCACAUCUGUGGGAUAUGCUGUCUUUUACCCGGCAAGAAGCCAGGCGUAAACGAGGGAAGGUGCAUGGGGGCCGAAAUGGCGGCCGUAGAGAUUUUGGGCAACACCACCGCUUGGCCAGAUGAAUGGCCACUUGAUGAUUAUACUGGACCAAACGUGACAGUGAGCAUAUGCAACCAGAAAUCCUGCCGCAAGGUGGCAGUGCGAGCGUGGAUGGACGGGGGACCGUGUGUAACGCAGAACACAGUCGGCAUUUGCACGGCUAAAGGCAUCUGUAAAAGGCGAUACGUCACGCCGAGAUCUAACGUCUACCCGCAUAUUAUGCUUGUGAAGCAUCUUCGAAGAACAAAAGACGCGAGCACGUUGUCCGUACCAAGAUUGUUAGAACUUCUCAUUAUAUUUUCAGUUAUCAAAUAA